UUCAAUCCCCCCCCCCUUUUUUUUCUCCCUCUCGCAGUCCUUCUCACAAGGCGCUCUUUAAGCUCCGGUGUCGCCACACAGAGCAGCCAUUCAUCGGCUCCACGUCCAGCCACACGCACUCCCAUGUUGAACCACUGUGCGUCUCUACUGGUGUAGCGGAUUUCGGUGCGUAAAAAAGGAUCUGGCCACAUUUACGCACCACUAUGGCUUCGUAUUAGAGGAGUCCACACGAACUGGCACCAUCGCAAACUCCACAUAGUCUAUUUGAAACUCUUUUAAAUCAAUUUAAAGUUGUUGUUAAACAAACUAAACAGUUUAAAAAUGUCCGGAGAGGAGCACAGCAUGUCCGAAGCGGAGCUGAGCCCCGGAGGUUCGGACGACGCUCACUCGCUCUCCCCGAGCCACGCCGGAGCUCCACCCGGUCACGACUCACCUCUGACCGGACCUCCGCCUCAGUUGACUUCGCUCUGUGUGGCGGACGGCUCCGGGGACCACAGGUCCACGGUCAAGUCGGAGGAGGACGACGAUCGCUUCCCCAUCGGCAUCCGCGAGGCGGUCAGCCAGGUUCUGGACGGCUACGACUGGACCCUGGUGCCCAUGCCGGUGCGCGUCAACAACGGAAACAAAGCCAAGCCUCACGUCAAGCGGCCCAUGAACGCCUUCAUGGUGUGGGCCCAGGCGGCCAGGAGGAAGCUGGCCGACCAGUACCCCCACCUGCACAACGCGGAGCUCAGCAAGACCCUCGGCAAACUGUGGAGGCUGCUCAACGAGAGCGACAAGAGGCCAUUCAUCGAGGAGGCCGAGAGGUUGAGGAAACAGCACAAGAAGGACUACCCGGAGUACAAGUAUCAGCCCCGGAGACGCAAGAACGGCAAACUGACGCCCGCUAAUGAGUCGGACAGCCCGGGCGAGGGCGAAGCCAGCCACUCCCAGUCUCACUACAAGAGCCUGCAUCUGGAGCACAAUGGGGGCGCGGGGUCACCUUUGGGCGACCUGCACCACCAUCACCAUCACCACCACCACCCUGCGAGUCAGGGUCACAGCCCCCCUACACCCCCAACCACCCCGAAAACAGAUCUCCAGUCAGGCAAACUGUCAGACAGCAAGCGCGAAGGGGCAGCCGGAGGGGCUGGAGGAUCAGGGGGGUCCAGGGGACCACUUGGUGUAGGGAGCGAAGGUUCCUCUGGUGGUCCUUCAUCAUCUGGCUCCAAGCCGCACAUCGAUUUUGGCACCAUGGACAUCGGCGAGAUCAGCAACGAGGUGAUGUCCAACAUCGAGCCUUUCGACGUUAACGAGUUUGACCAAUACUUGCCCCCCAACGGGCAUCCCCAAGGCAUUGGCGGCGCCCCCGCUGCGGGGACCUCGGCCUCGUCCUAUGCCUACGCCCUGGCCGCUGCCAGCGGCCACUCGGCCUGGCUCUCCAAGCAGCAGCAGCAGCCUCAGGGCUCCCCUACGUCCUCUGACCACUCCAAGGCCUCGAUCAAAAGCGAGUCUGGGUCUGGGAGCCACUACGCCGAGGCAUCAUCGUCACCCUCUUCAGGCGCGCACGUCACCUACACGCCACUCAGCCUCCCUCACUAUGGCUCUGCUUUUCCCUCGCUGGCCUCCAGAGCUCAGUUUGAAUACGGAGACCACCAGGCCCCUGGGGCGUACUACACCCACUCCAGUCAGGCCCCCGGGCUGUACUCAGCCUUCUCGUACAUGGGCCCUACACAGAGGCCUCUGUACACCACCAUAGGCGACCCCUCUAGUGUGGCUCCCUCCCACAGCCCCACACACUGGGAGCAGCCUGUUUACACCACACUCACAAGACCCUGAGGACGGAGUCCGGGAAUAUAUGGGAAGCGUGUGAGAGCAACCGUGUGCAUGUGUUUGCCAAUGGGAGUUCGCAUGAUGUGCGCGUGUGUUUGUAUGUCUACGC